ACCUAAAUUUUCUCUCCAACUUGCCGAUGGAUUCAACUGCUUAACCCACGUACUGUAUACUGGGUAGCAACUGCUCAAGCGUGGAGGACUUUAUAUUUCUUCCACAACUAGACGUUCUUCAAUUCUAAACUUCUUUCUUUUAUCAAGAUUUGAAGAAAACUUACGGCUUAUGCAUAAGAUGGCUACUCACAUUGAUUUCAUCAACGAUAUAACUAUUUCGAAGAUGUAAUGGAAGUUGAAAGUUCGUGUUGUCCGUUUGUGGGAAGUACCGGAUUAAUCCAGGGACUAUAUUCUCGAUUGAAUUGGUUCUACAAGAUGAAAAGGGCGAUCGGAUAAGUGCUUCUAUUGGCAAGUCAGUUUUGCAUCUUUUCAAAACACAAAUAAUUGAGCUUGGAUUAUAUCAUAUGGCGAACUUUAUCGUUUGUCAUAAUAAGGAGAAGUUCAACACCACGAAACAUAGGUUGAGGCUGACGUUUACUCAACGGACAACAGUGGUUGAAACAACUGAUACACUUUUCCCAAUGAAUAUCUUUGAUUUGCGACCAUAUGAUCAAUUGAUAAAUAAUGUUGACGUGAACGAGACUGAAUUAUUUGAUGUCAUUGGAGAAAUUGUCAAUUUCAAUGAGGUACAUACGCAAAACCAAGGUGGAAUUUCUAGGAAAUUUAUGGAUAUUGAACUAGAAGAUGACGAGAGGAAGAAGUUGUCUGCUAUAUUUUGGGGCGAGUUUGUUGAUGAAAUUGUACCUCAUCUGCUAAGUGCUAACAACCAGCCUAUUAUUGUUGUUAUGCAGCUCAUAAAAGCCCAUAAACUAUCAAGGUAA